AUAUUAAGGAAAGGAAAGGAUGUGACGUGUGGCCAAGUAUGGUGACCCAUACUCGGAAUUUGUGCUCUGCAUUUAACCCAUCCAAGUGCACACACACACAGUAGUGAGAAGUGAUCAAACACACACACACACACACACACCCGGAGCAGUGGGCAGCCAUAUUGCUAUCGCUAUUGCUGCGGCGCCCGGGGAGCAGUUGGGGGAUCGGUGCCUUGCUCAAAGGACUCACCUCAGUCAUGGUAUUGAGGGUAUUGAGCGCUGGAUAUUCACUCCCACCACCUUCAAUCCCUGCUGGACCUGGGACUCAAACCCGCAACCUUUUGGUUACAAGCCUGACUCCCUAACCAUUAGGCCAUGGCUGCCCCAAAUAGGGGCAUAUUCAUUAUAUAUAUAUAUAAUAUUAUGUUAUUUUUCUUAUUUAGACGCCUGCUGAAAAACUUUUAAACCAGUCUUAGUUGAUUUGGCUUCCAGCCCAAAAUCUGUCAAAAUCUGUUUGAUUUAAAAGGGUUUUGUGCACUUUUCACACACCGGCUUAACCAGGCUAGAAGACCAGCUUGGCUUUAACUUGUUUGUUUUUUUUCCUCCAACAGGUUAGAUACAUUUUAGCUGCCUGUGAUUUCACUUGUGUAUUUUUCCUGCUUCCUUUCAGUGGUGGCACAUUUGAUGAAGCCGUGAACACAGUGGAGUUAGUGAAUCUGUUGCAUUAGUAUUCUCAUCCUAUGAGAGCGCAGUGUGUUCAACCACGUCAUGCCUCAAGCAACUGCACCUAUCAAGGUUAGAAUAGCGCUCUUAGAUCACCUUCUGCUACCUACUCUCAAUAAACGCCAUACAGAGUUUAUCAUUCCAACUUGCGGCGCGUAUUAGUCUAUUACGAGUAGCGAUUGCUGUCGCGGGGAGGCGUUUCGUUUAAAAGCGGCUGUUCUUUCUUCGUUGAAGGACUAUACGGGGCAUCAAGACAUGUUUGCAUCUGGUUCUUUGUUAUCGCAUUUCUCUCUGCUGAAGAAGACGAAGCCCUGCAAGGACACUUCAGCUCUGCGCUGGAGUGAAUGAAGGUGACUCGGCUUCUGCAUCGUGGCAAUGCGGAGAGAAUCCAGGAGCGAGACACGGGCAGAUCGAUCAAUUGAGUAAGAAAUUUACCGAACGAGUGGCAGCAGAUUGAUCAAUCAGCGUUUUAUAUCAGGGCAGUUUCUUCACUUGAUGUGUAUGCAUGAGUUCUGCACCGAAUGGGCGCAAAAACCGCCCCAGAACUGCCGGGACCAUUUUCCAGAUCGGCAGUAAGCCCCCGUCCAGAGAGUCGGAGCGCCGGGAGAGCAGCGAAGCUCUGCGUGCCGUAGCGGACUGCAGAAUGGUUGUCCAGGAGUUCAAUACACUUGUGGCCCUCUAUAGGGAGUUGGUUAUCUCUAUUGGAGAGAUUUCCGCUGACUGUCCCUCUCUCCGUGCGGAAAUGCAUAAGACACGCACAAAAGGCUGUGAGAUGGCACGAACAGCACAUCAAAACCUUUCUGCAAUAUCAGGCCCAGAAGAUGGAGAAAUACAUCCGGAGAUCUGCCGCCUCUUCAUCCAGCUGCAGUGCUGUCUGGAAAUGUACCUGACGGAGAUGCUGAAGUCUGUGUGUCUGCUGGGAUCCCUGCAGCUCCACAGGAAAGGAAAACAUUAUUCAGGAGCUACAAAGAUAGACAGUAAGAAGGAGGACAGCUCUGACAUCCCAAUCCUGGAAGACACGUCCUCCACUCCGCCGGACUGUCCGCAGACAUACUUCCUGGUGGCCACAGACAUUGAGAACAUCGAGAGGGACAUGACAGAGAUGAAAAAUCUGCUAAGCAAACUCAGGGAGACCAUGCCUUUACCACUGAAGAACCAAGAUGACAGCAGUUUGUUGAAUCUGACGCCAUACCCGUUGGUCCGGCAGAGAAAGCGGCGUUUCUUUGGCCUCUGUUGUCUGGUGUCCAGCUAAGAGCUUUCUCUCUCUCCCAGAAUGCAGUCACAAAUGACUGUGUUUCCUCACAACGUGUGACACUCACCAAUCAACAGUACUACUGCCAUUUCCCAAACCAGUGCUUUCUUUUGGUGAGUUCUGUCCAGUUUCUUACUGCUAUGAGAAUAAAUAGUAAUAUCUGUGUAACAUCGGUAGUCAUACGAACACUAUAUAAUAUUUGGUCAGUACGACAGAUUUCCAUUUUUAACUGAAUGUUUGUCUACAUUAUGCUUAGUCAAGAAAAUGGUUUGUAGUAUGAAUACUGCUAUGUUUGUCCACACGAUUCAUAUGCUGUGCUUUUUGUCAAGACAGGUGUUGUAAGGAGGCGUUCAAGAGUGCUAAUUAGAGCAGAGGUUAUGCUAAACCUUUAUGAUUUCAAAAGAAAAAUAUACUGCAACAUGAGUGAAUGUGGUAUCUGUUGGUUCUUUUGGUUAGAUUUUACUUUUUAUUUUUUGCUGUUACCAACCAUGUUUUUAAUA